AGGAAGAAGACUUGUAUUGACUCCCUCGCUCCCUCCUCCCCCACACCACAAAGAGAUACAUUUUAUAUAUAACAAAGAGCAUCAUGAAAUCAAGUCCCGCGAUCAUGAUGGUGGUGGUGAACUAGUUCCCAGUUCUUACAAGUCUGUUCAUUUUCUUGUUACCAUUCAGCCAUAUGGGAAAGACAAUCCAAGUAUUUGGGUUCCCAUAUCUUGUUGCUGCGGAAGCUAUCAAGACAUUCUUGGAGCAACAUACGGGCCACGGAAAUGUAGUUGCCUUAGAAGUAAAGCAGUCCAAAGGAGGGCGAAGAGCAUAUGCCAAAGUUCAAUUCAAGAAUAGCACUCAUGCUGAUAAAAUUAUUUAUUUGGCAGAAAAAGGCCUGUAUUAUGGUAGAUCUUAUUUGAAGGCUUGGGAAAUGGAUAUUGACAUCAUGCAAAAUCCAAGAACGUACCUGCAUGAAAUGGAAUGUGUAACUUUAAAUUUUGGAUGUCAAAUAUCGGCAGAGAAGUUUUCAGUGCUAUGGAAAAACACAAAUGUUUCAGUUAAAUUUGGAAGCGGUAUGAAGAAAAUGUACUUCCUUUUCAGCUUAAAUUCUGUUGAAUACAAGCUUCAGCUCUCGUACGAGAAUAUAUGGCAGAUUGUGCUAUAUUGUCCACAAGGUCAAACUGCGAAGGUUCUCCUCAUACAGUUAUUUGGUGCUCCCCGUAUCUACAAGAAGCUAAAUGAAUCUGUUUACAGUUUUUUUAAGGAAACUCCAGAUGAUCAGUGGAUCAGAACUACAGAUUUUACUCAAUCAUGUAUUGGACAAUCUUCUGGUGUGUGUCUGCAGCUCCCGUAUGGCAUGAAGCUUCCAAAUUUCCCAGAUAAUUUUGCUUACUACAAGGAACGUGAAAGUCCAUUCAGUUUGGUGACUGGUUCUCCCUUUUGUCACAAUUCUUCCCUAGUACCCAUUCUGCGUCCUCCUGAAGGAAUUGAAUUGCCGUGUAAUAUAUUGUUUAAGAUUUGCAGUUUGGUACAAAAUGGAUGUCUUCCAGGGCCAAUCCUAGAUGCCAAUUUUUUUAGGUUGGUUGAUCCACGGAGAAUAGAUAUUGGGUAUAUAGAGUAUGCUCUAGAGACACUUUACAAUUUAAAGGAAUGCUGCUAUAAUCCUGUGAGCUGGCUGGGGGAGCAGUAUGACAAAUACCGCAAGAUGAGACGGCCUCCAAAAUCACCUGCCAUUAGUUUAGAUGAUGGACUGGUAUAUGUACGCAGGGUUCAAGUAACACCCAGCAAAGUUUAUUUCUCUGGUCCAGAAGUGAAUGUGUCAAAUCGUGUGUUACGCCAUUAUAGAAACGAUAUUGAUAAUUUUCUUCGUGUUUCUUUUGUGGACGAAGAGUGGGAGAAAAUGUAUUCUACUGAUUUAUCCCCCAAGGUAGCUUCUGGAAAUGAGAAUAGAAGAACCGAGAUUUUUGAAAGGAUAUUAUCUACGCUUAGAAAUGGCAUUGUUAUUGGUGAUAAGAAAUUUGAUUUUCUUGCAUUUUCCUCAAGUCAGUUGCGGGAUAAUUCUGUUUGGAUGUUUGCUUCAACAGUUAAUGAUAAUGCUGAUGAUAUUCGUGGGUGGAUGGGCGAUUUUCGUUCCAUAAGAAAUGUGGCAAAAUAUGCUGCCAGACUUGGCCAAUCUUUUGGAUCCUCGACAGAAACUUUGAGCGUUGGUGAAGAUGAGAUUGAAAUUAUUCCUGACAUAGAGGUAGCGAGAGGGGGAACCAACUAUGUUUUUUCUGAUGGAAUUGGGAAGAUAUCUGUUGAUUUUGCUCGGAGGGUUGCAAUAAAAUGUGGACUAAAAAAUUCUUUUCCUUCAGCCUUUCAGAUCAGGUAUGGUGGCUACAAAGGUGUUGUGGCUGUUGAUCCCACUUCACGGAGGAAGUUGUCUUUGAGACUGAGCAUGUCGAAGUAUCAGUCAGAAAACACAAAAUUAGAUGUUCUGGCAUGGAGUAAAUAUCAACCUUGUUUUCUGAAUCGCCAGAUCAUUUCUCUUUUAUCCACUCUUGGAGUCGAGGAUCGUGUCUUUGAGAAGAAGCAAAGAGAAGCAGUUGCUCAACUGGAUACUAUUUUAGUCGAUCCAUUGAGGGCAGAAGAGGCUUUGGAUUUGAUGUCUCCUGGAGAAAAUACAAACAUUCUCAAGGAAAUGCUAAGGUGUGGUUAUCAGCCUGAUGGCGAACCAUUUCUCUCAAUGAUGCUACAAACUUUUCGUGCAUCGAAGUUACUGGACUUGCGUGUGAAAUCAAGAAUAUUUGUUCCAAAAGCUAGACAAAUGAUGGGAUGCCUAGAUGAAACUGGAAGUUUAGAAUAUGGCCAGGUGUUCGUUCAGUUUUCUAGUGCUGGGCGUAGAAGAUUCUAUGAGGAUUUCCAUAGAUUCUAUGACGAUACGUCAGGUGAUUAUAAUUUCCUUGUUAAGGGAAUGGUUGCUGUUGCUAAAAAUCCGUGCUUGCACCCUGGUGAUGUCCGUAAAUUAGUGGCUGUUGACGUGCCAGCGUUGUAUCACAUGGUGGACUGUGUGGUUUUCCCUCAGAAAGGAAGAAGACCUCAUCCGAAUGAAUGUUCCGGAAGUGAUUUGGAUGGAGACAUUUACUUUGUUAGUUGGGACCCUGACUUGAUUCCACCGAAUCAAAGCUUGCCUAUGGAUUACACCCCAGCUCCACCCGCACAACAGGAUCACGAUGUGACAAUUGAGGAAGUGGAGGAGUACUUCACCAACUAUAUUGUGAACGACAGUUUAGGAAUCAUUGCAAAUGCCCACACAGUCUUUGCUGAUAAAGAACCAUGUAAGGCGUUGAGUGAACCUUGUAUAGAGUUGGCAAAGCUGUUCUCCAUUGCUGUCGACUUUCCAAAAACUGGUGUUCCUGCUGUAAUACCGCCUCAUUUACGGGUGAAAGAAUACCCGGAUUUCAUGGAUAAGCCCGACAAGACAACCUACGAAUCGAGAUGUGUGAUAGGAAAGCUGUUUAGGGAUGUGAAAGACAUCGCCCCCCACACGGCUUCUAUCAAAUCUUUUACCCGUGAAGUGGCUAGGAAGUCGUAUGAUCCUGACAUGGAAGUAGAUGGAUUUGAAGAUUACGUUGACGAAGCAUUUUAUUGCAAAACUGAGUAUGAUUACAAGUUGGGUAAUCUGAUGGAAUACUACGGCAUAAAAACUGAGGCUGAAAUACUGAGUGGGGGUAUUAUGAAAAUGUCAAAGACUUUUGAUCGAAGACGAGAUGCAGAUGCCAUUGGUGCAGCUGUGAGGUCAUUGAGGAGCGAAGCUCGGAAAAUGUUCAAAAAAGGAAGUGAAUCGGACGAUAUGGAUGCAAAAGCAUCGGCUUGGUAUCAUGUCACAUAUCAUCCUAAAUAUUGGGGUAGCUACAACGAGGGAUUGAAUCGGGAUCAUUAUAUCAGUUUCCCGUGGUGUGUUUACGACAAGCUGGUCCAGAUCAAGAAGGACAAGUCCAGCCUAAGAAGGUCUCUUGAAAUGUCUUCACUUGAAAGGAACUUCCGUCGAGGUUUGAGUUUCACCUAAACACCAGUUGAUGUAAUAUAAGCAUUUGAUAUUAACUAUAAACUGUAACUUGAUUGCAAAGAGACUUGUUUGGUAUGAACUAUAAUGUGUUUUGUGUUGAAAUAUAAAUAUGCUUGCAUUUAGUGUGCUUACA